AUGACCGAUCAAGAAUUAAGAAGACAAGGAGGUUCGUUUCUUUUUACCCUAAGCUUAGCCUUCAAGUCCAUAGGUGUUAUAUAUGGAGAUAUUGGUACUUCGCCCUUAUAUGUGUACACCGGAAUCUUCACGGAACCACCUACUGACUCUCGAGAUGUUUUUGGCUCUUUAUCUUUGAUCGUUUGGUCAUUGACGAUCGUGGUAUUGAUAAAGUAUGUUUUCAUAGUACUCCGAGCUGAUGAUCAUGGUGAGGGCGGCACGUUUGCUUUAUAUUCAUUAUUAAGUCGGCAUUCUGGUUUAUCUGUACGUGGAAAUAUGAAAUCUGAUGAAGAUUUGACGGUUAUAAAUUAUGAAUCAGUUGAUGACUCUGAGGGUCCAAACUUUAUUAAGCGUAGUAUUGGUGUGCAAACUGCUCUGCUUACUGUGGUCCUCGCUGGUUCUUCUUUAGUAAUGAGUGAUGGCCUUUUGACUCCUGCCAUAUCUGUAAUUUCCGCUGUUGAGGGUAUGGCCGUUCCUGCGCCAAGUUUAACUCCCGCAAUUGUUCCCAUCAGCUGUGUUAUUCUCGUUUUGUUAUUUCUAUUACAACAAUUUGGCACCGGAAAAGUUGGAAAUUUAUUCGCUCCAAUUGUUUCUUUGUGGUUUAUUUCUCUCGCUUGCAUUGGCAUUUGGAAUAUUUCUCAACAUCCUGAUAUUCUUAGAGCUUACAGUCCUUAUUUUGCUUUUGAUUAUUUUAUUAGAAAGAAAGAUGCUGGGUUUACUGAUCUUGGUGGUGUUUUAUUGGCCGUCACUGGUGUCGAAGCACUAUUUGCAGACUUAGGGCAUUUUAAUCAUACAGCCAUUCGAAUCUCUUUUCCAUUUUUUGUUUAUAUUCCUUUGGUUUUAGCUUAUUCUGGCCAAGCUGCUCGUUUGGUUUUAGAUCCCACUGUAAUCUCCAAUACUUUUUGGUUGACCAUCCCUUCUGAUCCUGCCAUUUAUUGGAUUGUAUUUGUUUUAGCUAUAUUAGCUACUAUAAUUGCAUCUCAGGCUAUGAUAUCUGCUACCUUUUCUUUAAUUUACCAAUCAAUGCAAUUAGAUUGUUUCCCGAGAGUUAAGGUUGUUCAUACAUCUGAAAAAGUUGAAGGUCAAAUUUACAUUCCAGAGAUCAAUUAUUUCUUGAUGGUCGCUAUCGUGUUUGUUUCUGUUGCAUCUGUAAUGAUUAUUACAACAACUCUCUUAACAAUCGUAAUUCGUGUUGUUUGGCGUCUUCCUAUUAUUAUUUCAAUUCUAUUUUUUUGUUUUUUUUUCACUGUUGACGCUUCAUUUUUGGGUGCAACCUUACUAAAAGUCGUAUCUGGUGGUUGGUUUACACUGAGUGUUGCUGCAUUUCUUACUAUUGUGAUGAGUAUAUGGAGAUGGGGUACUGUUCGUGUGCUAGAGCAUGAACGUGCACAAACUCCUGAUCUUAAUAGACUUUUUAAAGAUGAAAAAAAAGUGAUGAAUGAGAAAAUUGAAAGUAAUAUAAACAAUGCAUCUCAUGAAAUUAUAUUAGAAAACAAUAAUGAGAUUAUUUUAGAAAGUGGUAAUGAAAAUAUUUUAAUUGAUACCGGAACCCAUUUGACACGCUCGCCGGGUAUUGGCUUAUUCUAUAGUGAUAUUGGCGCCAAGAUUCCACUUUCUUUUACUCAAUUUGUAAAACACUUUCCAGUCAUGUCUCAAAAUGUUGUUUUUAUCAAUAUUCGAACUGUAGCUGAUCCAAAAGUUGGUGAUAAUGAUCGUUUAAGAGUGAAGAAAGUUAAAAAUUGUGAAGGUUGUUAUCAAGUAACUGCCAGAUAUGGUUAUACAGAACAAGUCUCACAAGGAAAAGAGUUUCUUAUACAAUUAGUUGAAGCAAUUAGAAAUAUUGAUCCUACUAACAAAAAUUUAACUCAUGAUUUUAAUCCUGAUAAUGGUUCUAUUGCAUAUGUUGUAGGACAACAAUAUCUUUGUGCUAAGCCUGAUACUCCAUGGUGGACAAGGAUUUUAAUUGGUCUUUAUAUGGUCAUAUAUCUUAAUACAAGAAAAUUCUAUAGUAAUUGGGAAAUUCCUGUUGAGAAUACUAUUGAAGUUGGUGUAAAGAUUUCGAUUUAA